UUGAAUGAAAACAUUAAAUGGUUACUUCAGUGUAUUGCCUUUGGUGUCAAUUACAUUUAGUCAUUUUAAACUUAUUAUUUUGUGAAUCGAACCUACCUCAAUUAAAUUGUAUUUUAGUGUGCUUUAAAUAAACAAAAUGUCUCACGGAAUUGCUGGAAUCGAAAGGAAAAUCAAACAACAACAAGCUGAAACUGACAAAAAUAUUAAUGAAGCGUUCCAAGAUUUAAGCAGAUUAAUGGAGAAAGCUAGUGACAUGGCUCGUCUCGCCCAAGGAAUGGUCCAAAGAUUAAAAGAGAAAGGAAAUAAAGAAAUAUCUCAGGAUGAAACUGUUCUAUUUAAAUCGUAUCUACUCAAUUUAGGUAUCAAUGAAGGGUUGGAAGAUUUGGUGACGAGAGAAAAGUAUGCCAACGAUAGUCAUUAUUAUCGAGAUCUGGGUAAACAAGUUGCCCUUGUGAUAAAACCGAUGAUUGAAAAAAGUGAUGGUAUUAUGGCCUUAACCGAUGUCUUUUGUGCAGUAAAUCGAUCAAGAGGAUUGGAUCUAAUUUCAUCCGAGGAUCUGCUCAAUGCCUGUUAUACUCUGAAAAACCAGAAACUGGGUUAUAGUCUAUUCAAAUAUGAUAGUGGUCUAAUGGUGAUUCAAGCUGACAAUUUCAAUCAAGAAAAUCUAAACAAAGAGACUUUGAAAGUUAUUGAAGAAACUUGUAGUGAUACUGUUUCCCCUGGACUCACUGCCCACCAGUUAGCACUUCGUCUUGGAAUCAGUUUAUCACUAGCGCGACAGCGAUUGUUGAAUUGUGAAAAUCAAGGAUUUGCUUGUAGAGAUGAAUCAAUCCAAGGAUUAGCAUUCUUUCCAAAUAAAUUUUUAUGCCAAUAAAGUUGUUGAUUAAUUUUACAAAUCUCAA